GAAAUGAUUUUAACCAGGUUACUGUAAGGGGAAUAGGAAAUGGGUGGUAGAAGAAUGAAGUUGAUUAUUGACUUUGGCCUCAUGAUCAGCUUCAGAGGGAAACUGUAACAGCUAUGCACAUCUUUGUUAAUUUAUUUUUCUCUUCCUUUCCUCUGAUUAUAUGAAAAAUACUUGAGAUAAUUGCUAUAAAUCAGGUUUCAGGUGGGGGAAUGUGAUUAAAUGAGCAUUAUCUCAUAACACUACACUGGCUGAUGGGAUUUUUUUGUCCCUGCCUCCCUAUUGGGAGAAGAGAAUAAUAAGAAUAGAUGCCGAAUGUGAAAGGAGAGGACCAUGGUGGUUAGUCUUUAUUUUCCCACACAUCCUGAUUCAUUUUCUGUCCUUCUCUGUCUUGUUCUGUGCCCUGGGAGGAUGGUCACUAGAAACUGCAUCCCCUAGACUGCAUUUGUAGUUGAAUUCUGCUUGGGUUUGGUCAAUGGAAUGCACUGGCACAGCUUUGGAGGACAGAAGAGAGAAGCCAAUGUAUUUUUGCACUGCUCCCACUCUGAUUUGGGCUGUGUUUUAUUGUCGGUGACUGCAUCCCUUCAAGAUUUUAGCUUCUGCCAGAAGCCCCUCCUCCAUGACUCUAGCUCUUACUAGGCUCCAGGAAAACUAUUUCUUCGUCUUGUCCUUUUAGGCCUAGGGCAACAGCUUCCUGCUAUUGCUAGCCUCUGAAUGCCAUAAAAUUGCUUGUUGGGUCUCAUAAUCUUGUAUAUACUUCUGUAAGUAGUCCCUACAUUCAAGUCCCUUGAAGCAUCUGAUUUUGAUUUUUUUUUCCUGGCUAGGACUCUGACUGAGAUGCUGGUGUGAGGCCUAGGACUAUUGCAGCUAUUUUGAUACCAUUAGAAUGCACAAUCAAGGAUAAAGUCUAUAGGGUUGCAGAGGAAAUAUUGGACAUUCAUGCUUGUGGUGAGAGAAGGUGAAGGGAAAGACAGUUGGACUGGGACUAGAGAAGAUAAAACAUUAUUCCUCAAAGUGGAAGAGAAGGCCAAGGGACAAAGGAGCAGGUACACCCUCUCCCUAUAAACCAAAGAAAGGGAAAUUGCAACCACAACGAGAAGGUACUUCCUGUCUCCGGGGCUGGCAAAGAGGAAAAUUAGUGGCAGGACCUGAUGUGUCAGGGAAGGAAGGGGAGAAGUGGGUCCUGCGGCACUGCUGAUGGGAGUGGUAAUUGGGGUCCUGAUCUCACGGGUGACGUGGCCCUCACGUGAGCUGGAGCCGACGAGUGCAGACGUCCUUCUAAUCCUAGUCUUCAUUUGGUCCGGUUGCCUUCUCUCUAUCUCACAGAGGGCGAGACGAUCCUUGGCCUGGGGGAAGGAGGAGGAGUAGGGCACUGUGCCAUUUGGGAACAAAGGAAUAGUCCGCUUGGACUCUGCAGGAAAAGAGUAUGUAACAGUGCCUACAGGAAAAGUGCUUGUCAUUGCGGCCAGGACCCUUAAUGAGGAAAAGCGGGUAUUGGGACUCUCCGAAGUGCUUUUCCGUCUGCUGAGCCAUCAGUCUCUGCCUUCUUGCCUGUGUCUGCAGAGCUUGAGCCCGGAAGCCAGUCCAACCCUUGGAAGAAACGCAAAGUUGUCCAGAACCAAGUAGGUCCAAGCUGCCUCAGAGCCAGCCGGAUAGUAGCUGCAGACUCCGCCCGCAGCAUUGCGCGCUUCUCUGGGCCAGAGCAAGCCCGUUUUGUGCUCUGGUUAAGAGAUUUGUCCCUGCCAUACCAUGGGCCGCACUCGAGAAGCUGGCUGCGUGGCCGCUGGUGUGGUUAUCGGGGCUGGUGCCUGCUACUGUGUAUACAAACUGACUUGGGGAAGAGAUGAGAACGAGAAAAUCUUGGAUGAAGACGAGGAGUCCACGGACACUUCAGAGACUGGGGUUGAGACUGUGAAAGGAGCUAAAGCUAACGUUGGGGCAGGGUCUGGGGUCAAACUUCACGGUGACUCUAAGGUCAAGCCUGAGGUGAGUUUGGGCCUCGAGAAUUGUCCAGGUGUAAAAGAGAAGGUCCACUCAGGAUCCCACAACGGAGGUGGCCUAGAGGCCAAAGCCAAGGCCCUUUUCAACAUGCUGAAGGAACAGGCAAGUGCAAAGGCAGGCAAAGGGGUCAGGGUGGGUAUCAUCUCUGGGAACAGGACCCUUGCACCGAGUUUACCAUGCCCAGGAGGCAGGGGUGGAGGCUGCCAUCCCACCAGGAGUGGAUCUAGGGCUGGAGGCAGGGCAAGUGGAAAAUCCAAGGGAAAGGCCCGAAGUAAGAGCACCAGGGCUCCAGCUACAACAUGGCCUGUCCGCAGGGGCAAGUUCAACUUUCCUUAUAAAAUUGAUGAUAUUCUGAGUGCUCCCGACCUUCAAAAGGUCCUCAACAUACUGGAGCGAACAAAUGAUCCUUUUAUUCAAGAAGUAGCCUUGGUCACUCUGGGUAACAAUGCAGCGUAUUCAUUUAACCAGAAUGCCAUACGUGAAUUGGGUGGUGUCCCAAUUAUUGCAAAACUGAUAAAAACGAAAGACCCCAUAAUUAGAGAAAAGACUUACAAUGCCCUUAAUAACUUGAGUGUGAACGCUGAAAAUCAGGGCAAGAUUAAGACGUACAUCAGUCAAGUGUGUGAUGACACCAUGGUCUGUCGCUUGGACUCAGCUGUGCAGAUGGCUGGGCUAAGACUGUUAACCAACAUGACUGUGACUAAUCAUUACCAACAUUUGCUUUCCUAUUCUUUUCCAGACUUUUUUGCUUUGUUAUUCCUGGGAAAUCACUUCACUAAGAUACAGAUUAUGAAACUAAUUAUAAACUUUACGGAAAAUCCAGCCAUGACAAGAGAGCUGGUCAGUUGUAAAGUACCAUCAGAAUUGAUUUCCCUCUUUAAUAAAGAAUGGGAUAGAGAGAUUCUUCUUAAUAUCCUUACUCUAUUUGAGAAUAUAAAUGACAACAUCAAAAGUGAAGGGCUUGCAUCAUCCAGGAAAGAAUUCAGCAGAAGUUCACUUUUUUUCUUAUUUAAAGAGUCUGGAGUUUGUGUUAAGAAAAUCAAAGCAUUAGCAAAUCACAAUGAUCUGGUGGUGAAAGUAAAAGUCCUGAAAGUAUUAACCAAACUCUAAUUUGGAGUGUGUCCCAAACAGUAUUGAGGUAUUUGCACUUGGGACGAUAUGUUUUGUAAAUUCUUUGUUUUUCACUGUGCUUAUAUGGUAAAGAGAUCUUUACAGCUGCUAUUUUGGAAUAAUGAAUAUCAUUUAUCAUCAAUAGUGACUGAUGUUGGUUGUGAUGGUUGGGUUUAGGCUGGGCCAUUUUAAAGAUGCCAAAUGGAAUAUUAGUACUUGUACACAGAAAGAAUUUAUUGAUUUGAUCUUGUUACCUAGAUUAUUUUUAAUCUUUCCGCUACCUAAACUGACAGUGAAUUAAUUAUACAUCAUGAAUAAGCUAUACUUUUAUAUUAGUUUAUAUUUUUGAAUCUAAGACUUCUGUUUCAUCAAUAAAGUUGUGUUUCAAGCAGCAGAGAAAAAA